UCAUCAUGAAGUCCGGUGGCCUCGUCUUCCUCCUCGUGGGGCUCCUUGCUGUCUGCGCCGUGGUGCAUUCUGCCUCUCAGAAGCCUGGACGCUGCCCUUUCUAUCCUGCGGUCGUGAGACCACCUUGUGUAAAGGAAUGUAGGAAUGAUUUCGAGUGCCGAGGUCCAAAGAAGUGCUGUCCAGUCAUGUGCUCGAUGAAAUGCGUAAAUCCAGAUUUUAGUGAUGCAGAGCCUGAAAGCCGCAUAGGAUGAACUGUCUUCAGUUAAACAGGGACCCAACAUGUGAAGGCCACUUCCACACAUAACACAUUGGCCGGAUCCAGCACAACUCCCUCUCUGCAAUAAAGUUAUCCACACUUUA